AUGUCUUGGUUAUUUAAUAAAGCUUAACAGCCAGCACAACAGCUUAAAUUACCAGCCUAAUUUGCGGAGAAGGUCUUAAAUUUAGAAUUGGAUGUUGACUCUAAUGCUGCUUCAAAGGAUGAGAUUCAAGAACUAUUAUAACUCUAUAGUGUAAUCAAUUUCUCCUAAUCUAUUUAGUAAGCUGUUGAGUAUUAUUCUUCGAUGAAAUCGGAAAGAUAUACUGUAUUUACAAAUAAAAUUCAAACUUUAUUAAUGAAACCCUACGUAAAUAAAAUCUUGGGAUCGGAGGCCAAAUAGGAAUAAAAACAAGUUCAAUAGCAGAAUGCACAGAAAGAAUAAAUCAAGAACAACAUCUAAUAUAUCUAGCAGAUGGACAGCAAUAAGCAGGUUUAAUAGAUGAUGACAGCUGCAAUUGAUGAAAAGAUCAAAAUAGACAAUAUGAUCGCUGACGAUUUUAAAUUAUAAGAUCAUAGAGUCUAAUAAAGAAUGCUUAUGAGAAUUAAGGAUCCUUCCAAGUACAAUUUGGCUAUAUCGAAAAGUACCUCUUUGAGACAUCUAAAAUUAGACAUUGAAAGUUAGAGUUAGCAGUCAACUUUGCCUGAUAUGUAAGAACAAGGAUUGGAAAGUAUUUCUGAAUAAGCAUUUGAUAAAAUAUCAGAGGCAGAAGCCUAAUAACAAUUUACUGACUUGAUUAAGAAUGAUAAUGAUUCAACUGAACAAGUACAUCAAAUCCAAGAAAUGAAUACAUAAUCAAAUCCCAUUUGCUUACCAAUCAAACCUUCCUAGAUAUAGGAUCAACAUUAGGCUUAUUUCAUUGAUGAUCCUCAACCUAUUGAUUAGUAAAAUUGGACACCAUAACUUGGAGAUUUCAGUCAUCCAAAAACUAAAAAAGUUAGAGACAUGGUUAACAAAAAUUAAGUUCUGAAGAAACAAAAAAUGGAACUGAACAACGUUUUGCCAUGUUGA